AUUAAUUUCACUUUUCCAUUCCUCUUCUUGAACCCUCACUCUCACUCUCUAUUGAUCAUUCAUAUUCUUCCACCUUCGUACUCCUCAGUCUCUGGGGAACAGAAAAAGAAAGCAAACCGCACCAGAGAGCUUCAGAAGAAUCAUCAAUGGAGGUUUCAUCAUCGUCAUCAUCUGCAAUCGCACAACAAACAUGGGAGCUCGAGAACAACAUAAUCCCGAUGGACACUCCUUCAGACGAUUCCAUCUUCUACUACGACGAAGCUGGCCAGAACGAGUUCCAGCGUGAGAAGCCAUGGGCAAACGACCCUCACUACUUCAAGCGCGUCAAGAUCUCCGCACUCGCGCUUCUCAAGAUGGUUGUUCACGCGCGCUCCGGCGGCACCAUCGAAGUCAUGGGCCUCAUGCAAGGAAAAACCGACGCCGAUUCGAUCAUCGUCAUGGAUGCUUUCGCUUUGCCCGUUGAAGGCACUGAAACCCGUGUCAAUGCCCAAGCUGAUGCGUAUGAAUACAUGGUUGAUUAUUCUCAGACCAAUAAGCAGGCUGGGAGGUUAGAAAACGUUGUGGGGUGGUACCAUUCUCAUCCGGGUUACGGUUGUUGGCUUUCGGGUAUCGAUGUUUCUACGCAGAUGCUGAAUCAGCAGUUUCAGGAGCCUUUUCUUGCUGUUGUGAUUGAUCCUACUAGGACUGUUUCUGCUGGGAAGGUUGAGAUUGGGGCUUUCAGGACUUACCCUGAAGGUUAUAAGCCUCCAGAUGAGCCUAUUUCUGAGUAUCAGACCAUUCCUUUGAAUAAAAUUGAAGACUUUGGUGUCCAUUGUAAACAGUAUUAUUCCUUGGAUAUCACUUACUUCAAGUCCUCCCUUGAUUCACACCUGUUGGAUUUGCUGUGGAACAAAUAUUGGGUGAAUACACUGUCAUCUUCUCCUCUGUUGGGUAAUGGAGAUUACGUUGCUGGACAAAUCUCGGAUUUAGCUGAAAAGUUAGAGCAAGCAGAGAAUCAGUUGGCGCACUCACGCUUUGGGUCACUGAUAGCACCCACACCUAGAAAGAAAGAAGAAGAAUCUCCACUUGCUAAGAUUACUCGUGACAGUGCGAAAAUAACUGUGGAGCAAGUGCAUGGUCUAAUGUCGCAGGUAAUCAAGGAUAUUCUGUUCAACUCAGUUCACCAAGCAAACAAGUCUCGCACAGAAACAACUUCUGACCCUGAACCAAUGAUUGAAAGCUGAUUCUAACAUCUACCAGACCUGCAUUUAUAUACACUUCAUUUUAAUGCCCUCAUUUUAGAUUUUGCGUUUUUUCCUUUUUGGCGUGUACAUCCUUGUUUUAUUUCCAAAAGGAACAUGCGCGUCUUUCAUCAUUUGAAUCGGGUUCUCUAUAGUUAGUUAAUGAUGAAACUGUUGCAGUUAUUA